AUGGACAAUAACACCCAGGAUGAGGAGGUGAUGAAGCAGAUUGAGAGGGAGGUGAGAAUGCGAGAGGGGGCCAGCAAACUGCUGGCAGCUUGUUCCAGGAGAGAGCAGGCCCUGGAGGCCUCCAAGAACCUGCUAACCUGCAACGCUCGCAUUCUGGCCCUGCUCAGCCAACUGCAGAGGAUGAGGAAAGCUCAAAUCCUUCAGCGGGUGGGACGCAGGCCAUCUGAAGAUGUUGUGCCAUGUUUGGGGAAAGUAUCCCUUUCAGACCUGCGAAUCCCACUGAUGUGGAAGGACUCGGAGUACUUCAAAAACAAAGGAGAGCUGCAGCGCUGUGCUGUGUUCUGCCUGCUUCAGUGUGGCACAGAGAUCCGUGACACUGAUCUGGUGAUGGUGGACAGAACUUUAACUGACAUCUGUUUUGAAAACACUAUCAUAUUCAGCGAGGUGGGUCCAGGAUUUGAGCUUCGUGUUGAGCUGUACAGCAGUUGUGCAGUCGAGGAUUUCUCCCUGGGGGCUUUAGGACCCAGGAGAGGGAGCCGUGUUGGUGGAUCAGUGGGAUGCUCCUCAGGGAGAAAGAUCCGUGCUGCGUUUGAAUCUGCAGCUGUUUGUGGAUCCAGUGGAGGAAAUGUCGGACCUGGGAGCGAGUCACCGCCUUCAUCCCCUGACCUGUCCACACUGGGGCCUAAGUAUAACCUGCUGGCUCACACAACACUCAGAAUCGAACACGUCCAGGAAGGUUUUAAGACGCAUGAUUUGUCGCUAGCAGCAACAGAGGAUAAUCCAUUCUGGUUGCCUCUGUAUGGCAAUAUGUGCUGCCGCCUAGUUGCUCAGCCUCUGUGCAUGAUUCAGCCAAUCAUAAAUGGCCAGCUCAAGGUUAAGCUCGGAGAGGACCUUAAUUGCUGGGAAAAUGUCUACGGCGUCCUCAGGGGGCCAAGUCUUCUUUGCUACCAAAGUCAAGAGGACCCAGAGUCUGAGGACAAGCCAUUACUUGUUAUCCCCAUCAGAAAGGACACCCUUGUAUGUGUGUCAGAGAGAGAGCCCGUCCAUUGCCAGAGUCUCUACAUCAGCACACAGCUCCAAGGACAGGAUGUCACCUAUGUGCUGACCACACACACACCUGAAGACAUGCAGCGCUGGACCGAGGCCAUCUGGCAGCACGUCUAUAACAUGAGUGAGUAA